AUGGCACAACAUUCCGACAUUGCACGGUCGGCAAUCAUGUCGUCCGCCACUUCAGAUCCUGCAGUCCUGGGGGAUCAGAGGAUUAUGAACCAACGACCCAACGGCAUCAGCUCAACUGGAGCUGGGCUUGGCUCGGGUAAAGAAGGAGCAACUCUGACUCCCCCGAAAACUGUGGUCGGAAGAGCGCUAGGAAAUGACUUGCAUUCCGAUGCCCACAAAGCCUCACAGGCGCCCAAGGGCGGAGUCGGAACUGCCCUGACUGACACUCCGAUUUCUACCGCACCCCCGUCCCCACAGAUAUCGGGUCGUACACAUCCCGGAACCCCGAGUAGCAGAGUCCGAGCUACCACCCUUGAUAUUCCCGGUUUGACCAAGUCCAAGGUCUCUCCCGAUGGCCGAAUUGCCUCUCGCGAUGUUGGCGCAAAGCUGGUCAUCGUCAUGGUCGGGCUUCCCGCUCGAGGCAAGAGUUACAUCACUAAAAAACUCGCCCGUUACCUGAACUGGCUUCAGCACGACACUCACAUCUUCAACGUCGGUGCACGCCGUCGUGUCGCCGCUGGCAAGUCUCCCACCCCGGCCACUCCUCGGGGCUCUGAAAAGGCCCCAAAGAAUGUCCACAGGGACCUAAUCGACUCGGUGCGCCGCUUGAGUGUCAGCGUCGGAAAGAAUAAUCAAGGCGAAACUUCGCCACCAGAAGAAUCACCUCUUCCGCCGCCAGUUGUUCCAACUAAGAUCCUCGUGAACGGCAAGGAUUCUGAACCUUCCCACUCAACGAAUGGAGGGUCCAUGGUGCCACCAAUCGACUUGGGCCCCGGCCCGCUCAUCCCAGACGAGGCCGUCACCGAAUCUUCUGAGCCAAUGGACCAGACUGCGAGUUUCUUCGAUCCCCAGAAUGCAAAUGCGGUGAAGCUUCGAGAGCGCGUCGCCCUCGACACCCUUGAUGAACUGCUUGACUACAUCCUGGAUGAAGGUGGCAGUGUUGGUAUCCUCGAUGCAACUAACAGUACUAUGGAGCGUCGCAAGGCUGUCGUUGAUCAUAUUCGCAAACGUGCUGGCCCCGAGUUGAAUAUUUUGUUCCUUGAAAGCAGCUGUGUGGACCAAACCUUGCUGGAGGCCAACAUGCGCCUCAAGCUUUCUGGGCCCGACUACAAGGGCCAAGACCCCGAAAAGGCUCUAGCGGAUUUCAAAAAGCGUGUGGCUCUCUAUGAGAAGUCUUAUAUCCCCUUGGGUGAAUAUGAAGAGAAAAUGGGCAUGGCUUUCAUUCAAAUGAUCGAUGUUGGUCGCAAAGUUGUCGCGCAUCAAACCCAUGGUUUCCUCUCGUCACAGGUUGUCUACUAUCUGCUUAACUUCAACCUCUCCCCACGCCAGAUCUGGAUCACUCGACACGGAGAGAGCUUGGACGACCAGGCCGGUCGUAUUGGUGGAGAUUCUGGUCUCAGCGAGAAUGGCCAGCGGUACGCUAAGGCCAUGGCUCGAUUCAUCAAUGCCCAGCGGGAGACAUGGGAACUGUACCAGCGCCAAAAGGACUUGCUCAAGCACUUUCCUCCUCGCCCAGGUGACAGCACUCCCCCUAACCCAUCCUAUAUUCCUCAUGAUCAGCCGCGCAAUUUCUGUGUGUGGUCGUCAAUGAUGGCGCGGGCUGUUGAAACAGUCGACUACUUCAAUGAAGAAGACUAUGAUGUCAAGCAAAUGCGUAUGCUUGACGAACUUCAUUCGGGAAGAAUGGAAGGCAUGACUUACAAGGAGAUCCAGGAGCAGUUCCCCGAGGAAUAUGCUCAUCGCAAGAAGGAUAAGCUCUUCUACCGAUACCCCGGACCUGGCGGAGAAGGUUACCUAGACAUUAUCAACCGUCUUCGGGCUGUCAUCGUCGAGGUGGAGCGUACUACUGAUCACGUCCUGCUGGUUAGCCAUCGGUCCACCGCCCGUGUUCUUCUCUCCUACUUCCAGGGACUUCAACGUGACCAGGUCGCCAACCUGGACGUUGAGAUGGGAGUGCUCUACAUGUUAGAGCCCAAGCCCUACGGAGUUGACUUCCGGGCUUAUCGAUACAAUCCAAAUAGCGAUUGGUUUGAUCUUGUUCCCAAUUACGAAUUGAAGCAGGUGAGCGGGCAGGAUCGACAGCCAAGCAUCUCAGGCUAA